GGUAGGAAAAAAACAAACUCGGGAGUGGUGUCGUGGAGGGUUUGUGUUCAAUUGAUUCGACCCAGUGUUUUCGUAACGACAGAGAGAAGAUCCAAGCUUCACUGCAUCACGUGGGAUUUAACCCAAGGGUGUUUUUUGUUUAGGGGGGAAAAAUAACUCCUUUGUCUGAUGGUAUUUGGGAUGGACUGUUCGGAUGUGGUAGAAAAUGGGCGAGACGGAUGUGUGUUCAGGUUGUUUGUGCUUGAAGGCCACAGUCAUGGCGAGGAGAAGAUGAAGUGAAGCAGUUCCGGUGUCUCAGCUGUGUCUUUUUUUAAAUUAAUUUAUUUUUUUAAAUUUUGCGAUCUGAUCAUGUAUGCAGUACUAACGCGUUAGAAAGUAUGCUUUGUGUAUUUGUGUGAAGCUCGUGUUGUUGUGGAGUGAAUAAAGGCUCCAUGAUGGCUGUGUACACGGAGUUCCUGCCUCCUCCGGAGUGCCCGGUGUUUGAGCCGAGCUGGGAGGAUUUCUCUGAUCCACUCGGCUUCAUCAACAAGAUCAGACCUAUCGCAGAGAAAAGCGGCAUCUGCAAGAUCAGGCCACCUCAGGACUGGCAGCCUCCUUUUGCUUGUGAUGUGCGCAACUUCCGCUUCACGCCGCGAGUCCAGCGGCUCAAUGAGCUUGAGGCCCUCACCAGAGUAAAACUCAACUUCUUGGAUCAAAUUGCAAAGUUUUGGGAACUCCAGGGCUCGAAACUACGCUUUCCACAUGUGGAGAGAAAAAUCCUGGACUUGUACCUUCUCAGCAAGAUUGUGUCUUCUGAGGGAGGUUUCGAGGCUGUCUGUAAGGAGAAGCGCUGGUCUAAGAUAGCCACUCGCAUGGGUUUCCCAGCCGGGAAGGGUAUCGGGUCCCUGCUGCGCUCACACUACGAGAAGAUCCUCUACCCAUAUGAGCUCUUCCAGUCUGGAGCUUCACUCUCUGGUAUCCACCGGCUGUGUCAGGAGAGAGACGAAACUGAAGAGGUGGACGAAGGAAUAGAGCGUGGGUGUGAGGAGGACGAGGAUGAAGAAGAGAAGCCGAAAGAGACGGGAGGCAAGGAGCGAGGCGGUCUGAGUGACAAGUCGCAGAAGAAAGCACACGCUGUUCCUGAGAGACGUUCACGACGCCUGAAGUCUGAGUUCUGCUGCAGGAAACCAACCCUACCUCUGUACAUUGACCUCAGCAGCCCAUGGCAUAAGCCCACCGGACCUUUGGUCCAGAGAGAAAACAAAGAGCCCAAAGGCCUGCAGAUCUUUAGCAGUCGUCCUAAGGUGGUGGAUUUUGAGAUCGUUCCAGCCGAUGAUGCGUUCAUAAAGAAGCAGAAGCACCUGAAGGCUCAAGCAUUUGCUAUUAAGAUGCGUCCACGCAAAGAGACCCUGGAGGUCAAUUUUAUUGACCUGUACAUGUGUAUGGCGUGUGGGCGGGGUGACGAGGAGGACCGCCUCCUGUUGUGUGACGGCUGUGAUGACAGCUACCACACCUUUUGCCUGAUCCCACCCCUUCAAGAUGUGCCCAAGGGUGACUGGCGAUGUCCCAAGUGUGUGGCAGAGGUAUGCAAAGAAUGCAGCAAGCCCCGGGAGGCAUUUGGGUUUGAGCAGGCUGUGCGUGAAUACACACUCCAGAGCUUUGGAGAGAUGGCAGACCAUUUUAAGUCCGAUUACUUCAACAUGCCAGUUCAUAUGGUCCCUACAGAGCUGGUGGAAAAAGAGUUCUGGAGGCUGGUAAGCAGCAUAGAGGAGGAUGUGAUCGUCGAGUAUGGAGCAGAUAUCAGCUCCAAAGACGUCGGGAGCGGCUUUCCUGUCCGAGAUGGAAAAAGAAGACUACUGGGGGAUGAGGAGGACUACACCAACUCGGGCUGGAACCUGAAUAACAUGCCAGUGCUGGAGCAGUCCGUGCUUGCCCACAUUAACGCAGACAUCUCGGGAAUGAAGGUGCCUUGGCUUUACGUUGGCAUGUGCUUCUCUUCCUUCUGCUGGCACAUCGAGGACCACUGGAGUUACUCCAUCAACUAUCUGCACUGGGGAGAGCCUAAGACUUGGUAUGGAGUCCCGGCUCAUGCGGCAGAACAACUGGAGGCGGUGAUGAAGAAAUUGGCUCCGGAGCUUUUCGACUCUCAGCCUGAUCUACUGCACCAACUGGUCACCAUCAUGAACCCCAACGUUCUGAUGGAGCACGGUGUUCCAGUGUAUCGGACCAAUCAGUGCGCUGGAGAGUUUGUGGUGACCUUUCCGAGAGCCUAUCACAGCGGCUUCAACCAGGGCUACAACUUUGCUGAAGCUGUCAACUUCUGCACUGCAGACUGGCUACCCAUGGGCCGUCAGUGUGUGGCGCAUUACCGGCGGCUGCAGCGUCACUGCGUGUUCUCCCAUGAGGAGCUGCUGUGUAAGAUGGCAGCGGACCCUGAGAGCCUGGAUGUGGAGCUGGCAGCAGUCGUGUGCCGAGAGCUGGCAGAGGUGAUCGAGGAGGAGAGCAGACUCCGACAGGCUGUGCAGGACAUGGGGUUGCAGUCCUCAGAACAGGAAGUGUUUGAGCUGGUUCCAGAUGAUGAGCGUCAGUGUUACAAAUGUAAAACUACCUGCUUCUUGUCUGCUCUGACGUGCUCGUGCAGUCCAGAGCGCCUUGUCUGCCUACACCAUGCUGCAGAGCUCUGCAGUUGUCCUCUUGCAAACAAGUGCCUCAGGUACCGGUAUGAUGUGGAGGAGUUCCCUGCCAUGCUGUAUGGUGUAAAGUCCCGUGCCCAGUCCUACGACACCUGGGCCAAAAGGGUCAGUGAGGCACUGUCAGCUGAUCAGAAAAACAAGAAAGAUCUGAUUGAGCUGAAGGUGUUGCUGGAGGACGCAGAGGACAGGAAGUAUCCAGAGAACAAUCUGUUCCGCAAGCUGAGAGAGAUGGUGAAGGAGGCAGAGACCUGCUCUUCUGUAGCCCAGCUUCUGCUCAACCACAAACAGAGACACAAAAGGGAGCGCACAGAGAUCAGUCGUACACGCACCAAGCUGACGGUGGAGGAGCUGAAGGCGUUUGUGGAGCAGCUGUACCGUCUGCCAUGUAUCAUCAGCCAGGCGCGGCAGGUCAAAGAGCUGCUGGAGAACGUGGAGGAUUUCCACGAGCGCGCUCAGCUAGCCCUGGCAGACGAGACCCCAGACUCUGCUAAACUGCAGGUUCUGGUAGAGCUGGGCUCAGGGCUUGACGUGGAGCUACCAGAGCUGGCACGAUUGAAGCAAGAGCUGCAGCAGGCGCGCUGGUUGGAUGAGGUGCGUCUGACCCUGCACGAGCCACAGCGCGUCACACUCGAGCUCAUGAAGCGCCUCAUUGACUCUGGUGUGGGUCUGGCCCCACACCACGCCGUGGAGAAAGCUAUGGCAGAACUGCAGGAAAUCCUCACUGUCUCCGAGCGCUGGGAGGACAAGGCACGGGCAUGUCUGCAUGCCAGGCCUCGCCACAGUAUGAUCACCCUUGAAAGCAUCGUUGUUGAGGCCAAGAACAUCCCUGCCUAUCUGCCUAAUGUUCUGGCUCUCCGGGAAGCUCUCCACAAAGCCAAAGAGUGGACAGCAAGAGUAGAGGCCAUCCAGAACGGCACCAAUUAUGCGUACCUGGAUCAGCUGGAGUCUUUGUUAGCAAGGGGCCGCUCCAUUCCUGUACGUCUGGACGCCCUGCCACAGGUGGAGUCCCAGGUAGCUUCAGCACGAGCUUGGAGAGAGAGGACCGCACGCACCUUUCUUAAGAAAAACUCCACCUACACACUGCUACAGGUUCUGAGUCCCCGGACCGACAUUGGUGUGUACGGCAGCAGCAGAAGCAAGCGCAGGCGAGCAAAAGAGCUGCUGGAGAAAGAGCGUGGUGCAGAGCCCGAGAGCCUGAGUGACCUUGAUGAGGCGGCAGACGAGGAGCGCUCACCGUCUGCUGUGGUGGCUGCCUUUAAGGCUCAGGAGCAGCAGGAGGCAGAAGCCAUGCACUCACUGCGGGCUGCCAACCUGGCCAAGAUGAGCAUGGCCGAGCGCAUUGACGAGGUCCGCUUCUGCCUGUGCCGCAAGACUGCUGGAGGUGUAAUGCUUCAGUGCGAGCUGUGCAAAGACUGGUUCCAUGGUGCCUGUGUGCCCUUGCCCAAAGCAAGCUCACAGAAGAAGCUGACAACAGGCAGCAGCUGGCAGAGUGCUAGCAAAGAGUCUAAGUUUCUGUGCCCACUGUGCCAGCGUUCAAGGCGACCCCGACUUGAGACCAUCCUCUCGUUAUUAGUGUCCCUGCAGAAGCUUCCUGUGCGACUGCCUGAGGGUGAGGCACUGCAGUGUUUGACGGAGCGUGCCAUGAGUUGGCAAGACCGGGCACGGCAAGCCCUGGCCACCGACGAACUCUCCUCUGCUCUAGCCAAGCUGUCUGUCCUCAGCCAGCGCAUGGUGGAGCUCGCAGCACGUGAAAAGACCGAGAAGAUCAUCAACGCCGAGCUGCAGAAAGCUGCUGCCAAUCCAGACUUACAGGGACACAUUCAGACGUUCCAGCAGGCCGGAUUCAACAGGACAACCUCACCACGGCCGUCUCUAGACUAUGACGAUGAAGAGACAGACUCCGAUGAGGACAUCCGUGAGACGUAUGGCUAUGACAUGAAGGACUCGGGUGAGGUAAAGCCCUACUUGUUCUGUGAUGAGGAGAUCCCUGUGAAGUCAGAAGAGGUUGUGAGUCACAUGUGGCCGGCCACACCAUCUUUCUGUGCUGAACAUGCCUACUCCUCUGCCUCCAAGUCCUGCCCCCAGAAUCCAACCACUCCGCGGAAACAGCCCAGGAAGACGCCCCUGGUGCCGCGCAGUUUGGAACCUCCUGUGCUGGAGCUGUCCCCGGCUGCCAAGGCCCAACUGGAGGUACUGAUGAUGGAGGGAGACCUGUUGGAGGUCUCUCUGGAUGAAACUCAGCACAUCUGGAGAAUCCUGCAGGCCACACACCCGCCCUCGGAGGAGCGCUUCUUGCAGGUGGAGUCGGAGGACACACUGCUCGAGAAGCCAAUGAAGCUAAAGGUAAAGGAAAUGGAGAAGAAGAGAAAGCGGAAACUGGAGAGAGCCGAGCAGCAAUUACUCUUAGCCUCGUCAGGCGUGGAAGUUCGCCCCAAAUGCAAAGACAUGAAAAGGGUACUCGAGGUUGGUGGCAAGCCCAAAAAGAAGAAGCUCAAGCUCAGUCCGGAGAAGUCACGUGAGCUGAAGCAACUGGCCAAGCGCCUUGCUAAGGAGGAGAAGGAGAGGAAGAGGAAAGAAAAAGCUGCAGCCAAAGCCGAGUUCGCCAAGGAGGGUCUGGAGAAGAAGAAGGAGAAGAAGAUCUUGGACAUCCCCUCGAAGUAUGACUGGUCAGGUGCGGAGGACUCCAACGACGAGAAUGCUGUCUGUGCAGCAAAGAACUGCCAGAGACCAUGCAAGGAUAAGGUGGACUGGGUUCAGUGUGAUGGAGGAUGUGACGAGUGGUUCCAUCAGGUGUGUGUGGGCGUGUCAUGCGAGAUGGCCGAGAACGAAGACUACAUUUGCUCGGCUUGUUCACGUAAGGCCGGCGGAGUGAUGGGAGUCAAAGUGGGCAUAGAGACUGUGGUGAUGACGUCAGCCAUGUGUAGCACACAGACUCUCUCCCCCCUGUACCAAGCAGAGGUUCAGGAGGGCAGCUAGCACGCGCACACACGUGUACACACACACACACCACACACACACACACGCGCGUACAACCUACAACUGCUGUUGCUCCUCCACUUCAACCUCCUCUUCUUUGUUUAUCUGGGAAGCGGAAAGCAGAUUGAUGCUCCAUGUAUCAUCUAUGACUGAUUGCUGAGACUAAGAACUGACUAUGAUUUUGGACAAUUCAAGAUUUGCAAUCCAUAAGCAAGAAGGAUGAGGGUAAUGCAUGAAUAAAAACAUCUGAUCCACUUUUUUUUUUUUUUUGAAGGUGAAUCCAUUUAAGGAUCCUGUGCAUGGGCUAUACAAUAAACAUGGAUAUUUAAAGGGGAAAUGAUGAAAUAUGGUACGCUGGAGAUUUGUAUUGUUCCACCAGACAUCAGUCUUCACUUCUGUUUUUUUUUUUUUCUUUUUCCCCCUUUUUUUUUUUUUGUCUGUAAACUGUUAGACCAUAGAGCUCAGCUCUAAGCCCAAGACUACUACAUCUUCUCUCAUCAUACGCACAUUGGCUGUAGUUUGCUUCAGCUGGACCAGACUGCAUUUGCACAGCUCUGUUUUAAUUUGCUUAAAUGAAUCAUCAUGCAUUACAAGAAGUAUCCUAUAAUGCAUUACUGGUUUGCUCCAGAUAUCCCAUAAUUAACAGCCUUUAGGAGGAUUAUUAAGCUAUUUGGUUGCCGCAUAAAUGAGUUACCCUGCAAAUAUGUAGGACUAGUUUAAAAUGGAUGUAUGUAGGUAAAAUAUUUAUGAUGUAAAUAGAUUUUAAAGAAUUAAUAAGUCAAUGUGUAUGUUUUUGUUGCUCAACUUUAUUAAAACAAUUCCUAGUGAAACAAA